CCACCAUUGCCGCCGCCACACCUCCUCCCUCACCGCCCUCUCUCUCUUCUCCUAUUCUCUUCACCGGUCGUCUACUUCGUCUUCUCCACUCUCGUCGUCGGAUCCAAAACCCUAACCCUACCUUCGAUCUUCUCCAAUCCCUCCACAAGCCAUAUGUUCAAAUCCAGACCCUACACUCCCCUCAACUGUUUUAGAACCUUUGUCUACAAAGGACUAUCGUCGAACUCGUCAGAACGGCGAUCUCAAACGGGUUGAUUGUGAUGAGAAAGACCAGGUGGCGAGGCGCAUUAACGCGUCAGAAACGAAAUCAGAAGAUGGACAGUUCAUCUUUGCCCUAAAUUUUCUCUUCAUUUCUGCUCAAAUUGGCAGUUAUGAGGACAAUAUGGUAGUACUGAAGCAGGAGUCUCAAUUUGCAAAGGCAAAUGAUUGUAGUUUCAGUCGAUUUAGUCUGCAAAUAGAACAACGAAUUCCCGUUCUAUCCAGGUGGCUGAUCUUCAACCGAUUCAAAUUUACUGCAUCAAAGGGAGUUAAACUUGGGCCAGCAUUUGUCUUCACAAGAUUGAGAGUUUUGAUUACGAAGAUGAAGAGGGCUAGAGAUGACAUGUACAUGGCUUCUCAACUCAAACGCCCCAUCGUCUCCUCUCGCGCCGAACCCUCUGGGCAAUCCCAGAUGAUGGGUGGAGCGAGCACACAGAAACUAACUACCAAUGAUGCAUUGGCAUAUCUCAAGGCAGUUAAGGACAUAUUUCAAGAUAAAAGGGAUAAAUAUGAUGAGUUUCUUGAAGUUAUGAAAGGGUUCAAGGCUCAAAGGUGCAUUAGGCUGUUGUACCUUGCUUUGCUUCAGAAAAAGCAAGCAUUGCCUGUCCGCAGGAGUUGUGAAAAUAUCCUAAUUGGAGAUGGAGGGUCAAAAUAAUAUGACUGUGAGUUCACUGAAUGCUCUUCAGCAGAGAAAUGUCAACUUCAAAUGCUAGCGGCAGUACCUCAGAUCAUUUGAAGAACAAAGUGUAAAUGGACAACAUACCAACCGUCACCGAACAACUUCGAAGUAUGGGUGAACACUUGCAAUUUCAAAGCGAACAACUUCAAAUUCAAAGCAUGCAGAUGCAAAAAUUGCAGACAGACUUAAAUCGAAGUUGGUGUUGCAUUUAUGAGAUCUUUUGCUUCCUUGUAAUUAUUGUUGUAUUAGUUACGAAUAUGUAAUAAUUUAAAUAACAGUUAGAAGUUGAAAUAGAUGAUAUGUAUGAAAAUUUAUGAUAUAUGACAGUUAUUUUGGAGGAGUAUAAACAUGUAAUCUGUUAUCUGUUUGUUUGUUUGUUUGAAGAAUGUUUGAACACAGGUUGUUAAAAUUAUGUUUGUUUGUUGGAGGAAUGCUUGAACACGGGUUGUUAUA